AGUCAUGUGACAUGAAGGCGGAAGUUGUUGCAUCAACAGAAAGCUGGCAGCAAAGACAACACAGACGGCUGUUACCUUAUAUUUGUAAUUCUGCUGUCCGUUCAAACUACAUGUUAGUCACCUGUUAGUCAUGUCUUCGAGCCAUGCGAAGGACCCUUCCUUUCUGGGAGGAAGGAUACCACCAGAAAUCGAGUCGAUGUCGAAAAACCUGAAGGAUGUGGACCAGGAGCUUUUCAGAAAAAUACUAAAAGCUGUGGUCAGUGCUUUGGAGGGGAAGGACUGCAGAGAGGUGAUGAAAUCGAUAGCAGAGAGCAGCGUCAUCCCUCAGGAGAGGCUCAGUCACAUCAUAGCUGGGAUGCACAGAGUUCUGUCUGAGGCCAUCCGCAUCCCAACACCGUUACUGAAACAGGAGCUUCUAAAUCCUGGAAUCAUUGUUUCUGUCAUCAGGAUACCUGAAGACUUCAUCACAGAUUUCUGCAGUGUGGUUUUUGGAAAUCGUCGUGCAGUCCUAGAAGCGGCUGCUUCCCAGAAAGAUCCUCAGCUUCCAACAGUAGCAGAUUUUAAAUGGAGAGUGGAUGUAGCCAUUUCUACAAGCUCUUUAGCCAGAGCCCUGCAGCCUUCUGUUCUCAUGCAGAUGAAACUAUCAGAUGGGAGUUUUCACCGCUUUGAGGUGCCCGUGUCCAAAUUCCAGGACCUCCGUUACAACGUGGCUUCGAUUCUCAAAGAAAUGAACGAUCUGGAGAAGAGGAGCAUCCUCAAGAUCCAAGACUGACGCACCAGCUAGUUAUUGAAGUAAACCGUUUAACUUCUGAGACGCAGUUUUGUACAAUUUUCUCAUACGAUGAUAUAAAAGAUGAUAAUAAUCUGCCUGUUAUGAUCUUGUCCUCUGAUGGUGUUGGCAUCCAACGUACCUGACUGUUGACGGAGUGCAAAAAGAUAACUUCAUGUAUCUCAACCUGCAUUUAAAAACAAAAUCAGACUCUUUUAAACUGUACAUAUCUGCAUUUUUUAAUAGUGCUUGUUGGAUCUGAGACGCCUGAGAAACUUUAGUGUGCCAAAAUAUAGCUGCCUACAAAUGACCAAUUGGACACUCUCACUAAAGCCCUUUUCCACCCAAAAUGCUCGCAGCUUUGACUGCUUGGUAUUACUUUAACAUUUUGAUCCACAACUUGGGUCAAAAAUGACCCAAAUCCAAUGGAGAAUGAGUAUCUCCUGAGCCACACUGGGCAUCAAAGGGUUAAGGAGCUACAAGGUUCUCUCAGACCAUUUGUUGUCUUUCAUUGUGGUCUAAAGACCUACAAAGAUUUGGCAAAAAAAUCUUUUUUUUUUCUACAUGACUCGAGGUGGUUUUCCCUGCAGGACUCUUUGCAUGUCUUCCCACCAGCAGAACCUCACUGAGGGCUGUUUUACGGUCAGAAAAAAAGUUCAGAUUCAGAUUCAGAAAGAACAGCCCACUCAGUGUCCUUGUUGUGUUUUCUCUGAAACAUCGCCAGCUUAAAUGUAAAAGUCACCGCAUGACCAAUCUGAACAAACCCUCUGUUUUUCUGUGUGUUUAUGGAGCUGGUGUUGUGUCCAGUAGCUAUUAUUUAUAGCUGUUCUGGUUAAGUCAGAGUGGAUGUGGCGUUAGAAGCUGUGGGAUUCUACGCCCCAACGGGAACUGAAAGGCUGAUUACACACCUGUUUCUGUAAAUAUAUCAACGCUAUCCUGAGUUCCUGCAGUGCAAAAACCGCCUUAUAGUGGAUCAAAUUCAAUCCGAUUGAGUCCGACUCCCCUGAGCAGAGACUUUUAGGGGAGUUACAUGAUUUCCUCCAAAGAUUCCUGACCCUUUGAGAAAGUUCCUGCAGUGGAAAUGGUCCUUCUGUCGCCGUUUAAACUGGUACUCAUUAGAGACUGAAUCAAUGGCUUCUUUUUACUCAUGUUUUUGUACAUAGAGUUCAAACCAUAACAAAAUAAAACACAUUUACUCAUCUUGUGGCAUAGCCUCAUAAUCUGUGAGGUAAAAUGCUGCUUUUAUGUGUUUUCUGUAUUAACAUCAACACUUUGUCCUCUUCAGCCACAAUUCUGCAAUAAAAUUUGUCCAUUAGUGUA